CCAUCCCAUUGACUAACUUUGUAUCAGGGUAGCAUCCCGCCAUACAUCGAUCUGAUAACUACUAGGAAGCUGCUCCGUUGUCUUGCAUUGCCGACACAUCACGUCGAUCCCGUCUACGUGUAUGAGGAUGGUAACCGUCAAGGUCUUGGCAAAGGCACAGUUGAACAUCGCACCAUUCAUCGUCAACAAUCGCGAAGCACUAAAUGGUCUCCAAGUCUGCAUUAUCUAAACGAGCUUCCCUGAUUACAUGGUAGCAGAAUCGCACCUUGGCAUUGCUAACAUUGCGCGAUUCCCUCGGGGCGAGAUAAAGAUCGGGCUUAGAGCGCUGCUAUUCUCAAUACGACCUUCCUCAUUGCUCGAAUCGACCGUCCGGGGGGCUCCACACAAAGGUGUAUGAUGCCAUCCGCCCAUGCGGCAUAACACGAGAGAACAAGACGACUGAAGAUAAUUUAAAGCUUCAAUUCCCCGAGCUAGUGAGAUAGAAUCAGUGGUCCUCGCUCCAAUAUACCCAUUUGCCGAAUUCAUCACGAGGAGUUCUCCGCCGUCAGGAUGAAGCUCUCGGCCACGUCCGUCCUUGUGUCCUGGGCAAGCCUCGGCGCCUGUUUUAUUCACGAGCGGCAGACGUCGAAGCCUCUCGUAGACUCGGGCAGCUUCCAAGAACAAAUUACCAAAGAGAAUCUGGAAGCCAACCUGGUCCGGCUGAGCGACAUCGCGACGGCCAACGGCGGCAACCGCGCCUUCGGCUACCCAGGCUACGACGCCUCCGUCGACUUCAUCUGGAGCCGCAUCUCGGCCGUCCAGGGCGCCAAAGUCUGGAAGCAAGACUUCCCGGCCGUCUUCAGCAGCGAGCUGAGGGCCAAACUGACCGUCGACGACGAGGAUCUCGCCGCCUACGGUUUGUCGGGAUCUCCCUUCACGCCGGGCGCGGGCAUCACUGGCGAACUUGUCGCCGGCCCGGAGGGCGUCGCCGCGUGCGAGGCGGCGUCGUACGCGGACCUCGAUGUGGCCGGCAAGAUCGUCCUGGUCCGCGAGGCGUUGUGCCCGGGCUACCGAGACGGGUACCACGCCGGCGUCAUGAAGCCGGCCGCCGCCGCGGGCGCCGAGGCGGUGAUUGUCAUCAACGACUUUUACCUGAACCUCACCGCCGGGACCCUGGGCCCCGCGGACGACGGGACCUACGUCCCGACGGGCUUCGUUAACCAGUACGUGGGAGACCCGCUCAAGGCUCGUCUAGACACCGGCGAGACACUGACUGCUACGUUCUGGGAGGACGAGUUCGUCGACAGGCGGGUGACGCAGAAUAUCUUCGCCGAGACAGAGGGCGGAGACGAGAACAAUGUCAUCGUUCUCGGAGCGCACCUCGACAGCGUUGCCUGGGGACCAGGCAUCAACGACAAUGGAUCCGGAACGUCGCUCCUGCUCGAGCUGUUUCUCGCCCUGAGCAAGUACAGCACCAACAACAAGAUCCGCUUCGCGUGGUGGGGUGCCGAAGAGAGAGGCCUAGUCGGGUCGCGGUACCACGUCAACAACCUCAGCGCGGCCGAGGCGGCCAGCAUUCUCGCCUACCUCAACUUCGACAUGGUCUCCCGGGGCUACUACGGUGUGUUCGACGGCGACGGCGCCUCAUACGGCGUCGCCGCACCGCCCGGCUCCGACGUGAUCCAGGAGCUCUUCGCCGCCGAGUUCGCCGCCAGGGGCGUCAACGUCACGGCGGCCCGGUUCACCAACGGCAGCGACUACGCCUCGUUCUGGCAGGUCUUGAACAAGCCCAUCGGGGGCCUGCACACCGGGACCGGUUCCGCGCAGGACCCGUGCUACCACCAGCAGUGCGACGGCAUUAACAACCCGGACCUGGACCAGCUCACCGUAAACGCAAAGACCACCGCCCAUGUGCUAUCCGCCUUGGCUCUAGAUGGGACCAAUCUGAUCAAGAAGCUUGGCGUUCGCGGCCUUCCCAUCCGCUUGGCUGGAGGCGAGAGGAUCAUCGCAACGGUGGAGGAGUCGGAUGACGAGCAUCAUCAUUGCUGAGGACCGGAUCCUGCAUGCACUGCGCUUUUGGCACUUAAUAUCAUACAUGUCCAAUCUAAACAAACGAAAUUCGAGCCGAUGGCUCUUUAUGAGUCGUUCCGUUUAUAUCG